UCCAACUAGAAAUGAAUUGUCACUUUCACAGGAGGAAUACAGCGCAACUUCUGCGGGCAGUCACUCCUUAGAAGAAGAAAACUGUAACAUUGAGAAGAAAUACGAAGAUCUUAAAAGGCAAUUAGAAAAGAUGGAGAUUGAAAAUAAAGAACUUGCUUGUCAGCUCAAAAAGGAAGAUGAGAGUCUGCAGUGCAGUCAAUUGCAGCUUGAAGAGAAAAUUGCAGAAUAUAAUGGAUUAACCAGACAACUGGAAUCGGCUUUGGAAGAAGGGAGAAAAAUGGUGGCUGAAGAACUGGAAAAGAUGUCAUGCAGAGAACAAGCCCUUCAGACAAAGAUGCUGUUUCUUGAGGCUGAAGUGAGAGAGGGGCAAGAAAGGAAAAACCAACUCCACUGCAUAUUUCACCACGUGAGUAAAUAACACUGCUUAUGACUUCAGGAAUUACUACAUCAGCACUU